ACCAGAAGGACGGAGAGGAGAACUCUGUCAUUCACUCUCAGUACAGCCAACCACACAGAGCGAUACCUGGAGUUCAACUGAUGCGCCUGUAGACUUGACUGAGGUGUACAGCAACUGGAAUCUACUCAGGCUGUGAUGACAGAAACUCACAACUAGCCUACACUCAUUCUUGAGCUGCUUACCUCUGUUAGGUAUUUUUUACGAGUUGUGUAAGCCCAUGUUCAGGACUUCUGCUGUUGUUCCUGGUGGAAAGCCAGCAGCCAGUAAUCAGUCGACAAUGUCGUGGGACUGUGGUCUCAGAUACAUGUUCUCUGUGUCCCCUGGGCUGCAGCACGGGAACAAGUGCAUCCUGCAUGACAAGGAGGACCUGUCCAGACUGGAGAUGGUCCAGAGACUGGCCAAGGAUGGCUGCCGCUUUCUGCAAAACCACAGCAAGAGCCCAGAAAGGACAAGUGAGCCCCAGAGUGACGAGGCAGUCCGCUUGUGUCUGAGAGAGAGGGGCCACGAUGUGCUCGUUCUCCAGAGAUUGUCGUCAGAGCAGCUCUCUGCAUCAGCAAGGGGAGGAGGGAGAGAGGAGGACUCUUCCAAUGACUCUGUUGUGUCUGACAGGUACAUGGUAGUGUCAGGGACUCCUGAGAAGAUCCUGGAGCAUUUGCUGAAUGACCUAACGCUGGACGAGGACCGAGGGAUGACACAGGGCAAAGAGUCAGAUACACUUCUAGAUGACUUCCUGCUAACCUACCCAGUAUUCAUGUCUACAAGUGAUUUAUGCCAAGCUCUACUGGGACACUAUUGCACCAAGCGACACAGAGGGAAAGAGGAUCGGAAGGAGGCUCUGGAGAGGAAGCAGAAACUCCUGCACCUGGUGUCGCAGUGGAUGUCGCUCUGCAAAGACUUCCUGAGAGAAGACGAGCAUGUCAAGCUCUUCAUGAAGACUCUUUAUCGUUGUGUGCUGGAUGAUCUUUAUGAGCACCCGGCCCUGGAGAGGGAUGUGGGGGAGCUGCAGGAACUCUACCACCUGCAUCGCAGACAUACUGUGGAAUAUUCCCCUCAAAGAAAGAGCAAAGCACUUUUCCACCAAUUGAGUCUGAAAGAGAACGGGCUCCAGUCCAGGGCAACACAGAGGGAGACCAAGGAUGUGCUGUGUCAUGUGUAUAUAACCAUGGACUCAUACCUAAGUAUGAGGGUCCAGUCCGGGGUAGUGGCACAGGAGCUGGUGCAGGCAGUGGCAGAAAGGAUGGAUGUCUCCCAUGAGGAGCUGGUACUCGUGGGUGUCACUUAUCCUGGAGGCAGACUCCUCCUGCAGCCUCAGGACCGAGUUUUCUCCAGUUCUUUACGGUCAGUGGGGAGGCUGCAUGCAUGCAGGAAGGACCUUGGUGAAGUCCUGAACCCUUUAACAGAUAACUCAGAGCUGCAGCAGAGGACAGCUCACAUGCUGAGUUUGAACACCUGGGAUGUCGCUGUUGCACUCACUGAUUUUGACUGGGCAAUUUUUGAUGCAGUGCACGAGCAAGAGCUGGUCUAUUUCACCUUCAACCGCCACGCCGGCAGCAACCACACGACAGCUUUAGAAUUCCUGCUGCAGCGAUGCAAUGACAUCCAGCUGUGGGUGAUGACCGAGGUGCUGCUGUGCCCAACACUCUGCAAACGGGUUCAGCUCAUCAAGAAAUUCAUAAAGAUUGCUGCCCACUGUAAAGCACAGAGGAACCUCAACUGUUUCUUUGCGAUCAUAAUGGGCCUCAACACAGCAGCCGUGAGCCGCCUCAGUCAGACAUGGGAGAAAGUUCCUGGCAAAUUCAAACGGCUAUUUUCAGAGCUGGAAACAGUUACAGAUCCCUCGCUGAAUCACAAGGCCUACAGGGACUCCUUCAAGAAGAUGAAGGCUCCAAAGAUUCCUUUUCUUCCUCUGCUGCUGAAAGAUAUCACAUUCAUUCAUGAAGGCAACAAGACGUUUCAUGAUAACCUGGUCAAUUUUGAAAAGCUGCACAUGAUAGCAGACAUGGUGCGUCUCAUUCGACAGUGCCAGAAAGAUCACAUGGGAAAUGGAAUAACACAGAAGAGCAGCUCAGAGGUGCGAGCCUACAUUGACUAUCUUCACAUCAUCGACAAUCAGCAGACUCUGUUUGAACUGUCACAAAGGCUGGAGCCUCGAUCUUAGAAAACAACUCUGACCCUCCUUCAUACUGUGCCAAGGGACAACCUUACUGCUGUCUCAUCUAACUCUCAGGACAAAGGCUACAUGACCCUAACCAACCACAGGAGGGCGCUAUUUGAUCAGGAGAUUAUUUACCAGAGACAGGAGCAGGCGGCAAAAACAGAUUAAUAAAAACAUGACAUUUUAAGCACCUAAAGCAAAAUCACACCGUUUAAGGCAAGUCUAGACAUCAUUUAACAAUGAAAAUUUACAAAAAAGAAACUGUUGCUUUGCAGGAAAAAUGCUUCCUUCUAAUACAAACUUACAACAAAUGCAACCAAUGUGUGUAGAUUCACUGUCCUGGUCUUUUCUUUGAGCUGUUAGCACACCACAAAGCAACAGUGAGCACAGAAGGAAGACUAGUUGAUAACUGUUUCUGACUUUCUUCAGAGAGCUACUGUUUUUUGUUUUGUUUUGUUUUUACAUCAACUAAGAACAGUGGUGGUCAGCUCAUUAGAUUUAACCAAAGAUUCUUUCAGCUAAUAAAAGUCUGCACUGUUACACACACUUCUGUGCUCUCAGAGUUCGCCACAAUCCAGAUUUUCUUGUUGCCAGGUCAGAUGUAAGACAUGCUUUUCCCAAAGCAAAUCAGCACAGUGUUAUGCACAACAAGAUUGAAACUGUUGCUACAUGUUUAACAGUUUUUUAUAUUAUUUUUAUUUUUUAUUCUUUCUUUUUUUUAUUUGUUUUAUUUGACCACAAAGUGACGCGUAUAUGAUGAGCCUUUGCACAGUACAGAUUGUAUUAAGGCAGGGAACUACAGAGUAGUACAGUAUACUGUAUUCUGUUGGCAUGUGUAAUAAUUGUCUAUCUUUGUGCCAAAUCCCAUGGAAAAUAGGUGUUUAAAAUAAUGAUCAUUUUCUAAUCAUUUUUAAAUCACUAGCACGGGGAACUUUAAGUGGUUUAGCUGUGGACAAUCAGUUAAAUGAAGCCACAGACUCAUACUGGUUCUUCUCUGUACUGGGCUUUAAAGUUCAUCAAUAUUUGUGCAUUUCGCAGACAUCCAUACAAUUUCAGUCUGUUGAGAUUUGAAGACUGACAGCAGUUGUUCACUUCUGAUACACAGAGUUCAAGAAUUUAGCACCAGAAAAAAAAUCUGAUUUCUUUGAAGCCUGAUUCAUUUGUGGUUAGAUUUAGCAACAGCAAAAAUCAAAUAUUAAAAUAGCACCUUCUGGGCAAGAAGAAGAAGAGAGAAGAAGAAGACAAACUGGAAGCCAUUUGCUUGUUUGCAUUGUGUCGUAGCACUACUGUACGAUUUUAAACAUGCAGUAUUUGUUCUGUAAAUGCGUGAGAAAUCUCUCUUUUGCUAGGUUGGGUCAGGCAAACUGAGGUAGUUGUUGUGAAGUGUGUACAUACAAUUAUGCUUUAUAUUCUUCACAUUUUGUAUAUUUGGAUUUUAAAACAUGCUUUAGCAGUAUUUUAUUUUGAAUAUCAUUUUUUGUCAUCAAUAGUGUACAGCUGAUUCAAUUUAUACAGUGUAUAUAUGUUGAAAUUCUGGAUAUGGAUAUUUAUCUCAUAAUUAUUUAUUUGCUUUCAAGAUACUAUUUAGGAUGCUUGUGUUAAUUGUUUUGGUUUGUUUGUUUGUUUUUUUAUUGUACGCACUGUUUUUGGCAGGUCUGCAUGAUAUGUCAAACCAUGGACUGACCAUUAGUGCCAACUGUGCAUGUAUUAAAAUACUUUUCAUCAC